GUCGAUAUAUAUUCAGCACCUCCACUUCAUCCACACUUGUGUCCAUCGGUAGUCUGCUACUGUCUAGCUAGCAGCAGCAACAAAGGAAGAGCGAGAGCGACAGACAUGCCGGGGCUCACGGCGAUGAUGGCACUGGCAUGGGCACCGUCGUCGUCGGCGAACCUUCGCUUCGGCGGCGGUGGCGGAAGGAAAUCGGCGAGCGCGAUGCCGCUGGUCAAGAAGAGCUCUUCGUCGUCUUCGUCAGCGCACCUCCUCGGCCGCAGCCGGGCCUGGGCGGCGACAACCGCGGCGACCGCCGCUUGUGAUGAGCAGCAGCCGCAGACCAUGGAGCUGCUGCGGCGCCUGGGGGAGGACGGGUGGGUGGAGGAGCACAUGCUGUCGCUGCUCACCCCGGUGGCGGAGGCGUGGCAGCCGGCCGACCUCCUGCCCGCCUUCGCCGCCACCGCCGAGGAGCAGCGGAGCCAGGUGGCGGAGCUCCAGGCCCGCGCGGCCGGCGUGCCCGACGACCUCCUGGUCUGCCUCGUCGGCAACAUGGUCACGGAGGAGGGCCUGCCGACGUACAUGACCAUGGCCAACCGCGUGCGGGGCAUCGACGACGCCACCGGCUGCGACGGCCACGGCUGGGCCCGCUGGCUGCGCGGCUGGACCGCCGAGGAGAACCGCCACGGCGACGCGCUCAACCGCUACCUCUACCUCUGCGGCCGCGUCGACAUGCGGCAGGUGGAGCGGACGGUGCACCACCUCCUCCGCGGCGGCAUGCGCACGCUCGAGCCCUUCUGCCCCUGCCACGGCUUCAUCUACGUCGCCUUCCAGGAGCGCGCCACCUUCGUCUCCCACGCCCGCACCGCCAGGCGCGCCGCGCUCCACGGCGACGCCUGCCUCGCCAAGCUCUGCGGGGCCGUCGCCGCCGACGAGAAGCGCCACGAGGCCGCGUACACAAGGGCCGUCGCCAGGUGCUUCGAGGCCGACCCGGACGCCGCCGUGCGGGCGCUCGCGGCCGUGAUGCGCGCCAAGGUCACCAUGCCCGGCGAGCUCAUGACCGACGGCCGCGACGAGAACCUCUUCGACCACUUCGCCGCGGUGGCGCAGCGCGUGGGGGUGUACACGGCGGCGGACUACGGCGACAUGGUGGAGCACUUCGUGCGCCGGUGGGGGGUGGCGGAGCUCGGGGGGCUGUCCGGCGAGGGGCGGCGCGCGCAAGACUACGUCUGCGGCCUGCCGCGCAAGAUCCGCAGGAUGGAGCAGUUGGCCCACGACCGCACAGCCCAAAAGGAGGCCCAAUCCGUAAGCUUCAGCUGGGUGUUCGACAGGCCCGUCCGUCUGCACUGAGCCUUCUUUUAGUUUGAGAGGCCCCCAUAUCCCUCCCUCAGCUGAAGAAGGAACCUACAACAAGUCUAUUACUACUUCUGUCUACUACUGGAGCGUUGGAGCCUUAGAGCUCCUGGUAUUGUACCCACUAGUAGAGUAUAAUCAUAUAUUGUGGUAUUG